AUGGAAGACAUAUAUUCAGCUUACAUACUAUCUACAGAACACCGUCCCGACUUCUCUACUUUUGUGGAAGUUGAUGAAAUUCCAGUCAUCGACCUUUCAGAAACUAGUCAAGAAAAUCUCAUCUUAAAGAUUGGCAAGGCAUGUGAAAAAUGGGGAUUCUUUCAAAUAAUCAAUCAUGGAAUUUCCUCUGAUCUUAUCUUAAAGGUUGAAAAAGAGGCCAAAAAGUUUUUUGAGCUAAGUAUGGAGGAAAAAAAUACACUGAAAAGAGAUGUAUUUAAUGCAAUUGGAUAUUAUGAUGCUGAACAUACUAAAAAAGCAAAGGAUUGGAAAGAAGUUUAUGAUUUUCUUGCUAAAGAUGGAGUACAAAUCCCUUGUUCCGAUGAUCCACAUGACUUGGAGCUAUGCACUCAAAAAAAUCAUUGGCCACAAUCCCUUCCACAUUUUAGGGAAAUAAUGGAGGAAUAUGGUGGGAAAUUAGAAAAGCUAGCUUAUAAGUUGUUGGAGUUAAUUUCAUUGAGUUUAGGUUUAUCUGGUGACAAAUUUCUUGAUUGCUUCGAGAACCAACUAAGUCUGACGAGGCUCAAUUACUAUCCUCCAUGCCCUUUUCCUGAAUUGGCACUUGGUGUUGGUCCUCACAGAGAUCCUUGUGUCUUAUCUAUAGUUGUACAAGAUGAUACUGGAGGUUUACAAGUUAAGAAAAAUAUAAUUGGUGGUUGGGUUCCAAUCAAGCCUAUUCCUGAUGCAUUUGUUGUCAAUUUGGGUGAUAUUUUUCAGGUUUGGAGCAAUGACAAAUAUGAAAGUGCAGAACACAGGGUAGUGUUAAACUCACAAAAAGAAAGGUUUUCCUAUCCAUUUUUCCUUUUUCCAAGUCACCAUACUAUUUUGAAGCCUGCAGAAGAGCUAGUGAGUGAGGAAGUUUCUGCAAAAUACAAAGCAUACAAUUUUGGAAAAUAUUAUGCUAAUAGAACCCAUGCAGAUUUCACCAUACAAGAGGUUGAGGGUAUAGAAAUUCAUGAUUUCAAAAUUUUAGAUUAG